UUAUGCUUAUCUAUGAUUCUAUGCAACAUAAGUUGCGUCAAAUCCUUGGUUUCAUUUAUUGCAACUUACAUUCAAACUAACAUUACAAGAAAAGAGGGAGCUCAAGAAAGGAAGAUCAAAUUUGAAGAUAUGGGUCAAUCGUUGAUGAAACUAACUCCUGGAAACGAGGUGAAAAAGUCCAAGUUGGAAGAAAUAGCAAGAAGAUGUUAUGAUGAGAAGGAGUUGUUAAAUAAGGAGGAGUUUAAGGAACCUGAUGAACUUUUUUGUGACUUCUACAGAGCAGUUUGUGAAACAGUAGAAAAUAUCAAUACCAGUGUUGGCAAUACCCAAUUUCGAGUACCAAAGGAAGAUGUUCUUGAGAAAGCAUUCAAGAAACACCACCCAGGAAAAGGAAAACCGUUGCAAAAGGAAGAGUUUCAAAAAAUUCUUCAAGAUGCAAUAAUGGAAACAGGAUUUACAGGCAUUGGAGCAAAGGAUAUUAUACUCUACAUCUUUGGGAUUCCUGCAACUACAUUUCUUAUAAAAAAAGGAGUUUUUCCUAGAGUAAUUCCCGACGGUUUUUUCAUUCCUGCUGUUACCUCUGCCACUGUAUUUGCUCUUUCCCAAUUCAACAAGAUAUGAUAUACUCAUCCAUUAAUCAUGUACUCCGUAGUAAAUUAUGUAACGCGUGUUUGAUUAUACACAUUUACACGCGUGUUUGAUUAUACACGCGUUACAUAAUUUGAUUAUGUAACGCGUAUUUGCUCAUCAAGUACACUGUAAUGAAAUAUCACAAAGCAAACCUAUACAAUAAUGUACAUUCAUUUCUUUGUU